ACGGAUUCAACCAGCAAAAACUCCUCGUACGUGGAGGAUGAAUCCAAAGAGCAGUACCCGGCCAUUGAUCGUAACGCCACCUGGGACGGGACGGUAACGAAGCACCGCGUCUUGGUCAACGACGUUGAACUCUCACAGAUGCACCGGGAAAUCGUGCUUACUGAACGGGACUAUACCAGCAAGACCGCCUCUUCAGAGGUGGUGCUGCACGCGUCCACGCUGCCGCUGAGCGCGCGGCCCGCGUCGGCGUCGCAGCUGGUGCGGCGCCAGCUGGAGCUCUCCGCGCAGCACAAGCGCCGGCUGAGCUUGCGAU